AUGUCUGGCUUCAGCAACACCGACACCGGCUCCAAGAUGGCCGACCCUUACACCCAGAAGAACCUCGAGGAGCCCUCUCUCAAGGAGAAGUGCGAGGACCUGCUUAACUUCGUCGACAAGACCAAGUUCUGCCUGUUGACCACACAGGCCGCAGACAGCGACCUCUUGGCCUCAAGAGCCAUGGCUGUAGCUGCAAAGGAGGGCCACGGCUUCGACCUCCUCUUCCACACCAACACCGAGUCCGGCAAGACGGACGACCUCAAGGAGCACAAGUCCGUCAACGUCGGCUUCAUCAACAACUCAGGCGAGUGGGCCUCCAUCUCCGGCCACGCCUCCAUCGAGACAGACCGUGACGUCGUCCGCAAGCACUACUCUCCCGCGCUCAAGGCGUGGAUUGGCGAUCUCGGUGACGGCAAGCACGACGGUGGCCCAGAGGACCCGCGCAUUGGCAUCAUCCGCGUCAAGGUCAGCACCGCACAGUACGCUGUGUCGAAGCGGACGCAGAUUGGCGGGCUUGUUGAGCUGGCGAAGGGGAUUGCGACGGGUGAGGCGCCGAAUGUUAAUAAGCUGAGGCAUCUUGACGAGGCCGAGAUCCAGCAGUAUAGGAGCCAGUAG